CCCCAGCGCGAGAACCAGAGCCAAGCGGCACCGAGUGACAGCGCUGAGAGGCUUAAGAUCUCCGGAGCGGCUCGCCAUGGCUGGCCCGCAGCAGCAGCCUCCUUACCUGCACCUGGCCGAGCUGACUGCAUCCCAGUUCCUGGAAAUCUGGAAGCACUUUGAUGCUGACGGAAAUGGGUACAUUGAAGGUAAAGAGCUAGAAAACUUCUUCCAGGAGUUGGAGAAGGCAAGGAAGGGUUCUGGCAUGAUGUCCAAGAGCGACAAUUUUGGAGAGAAGAUGAAGGAGUUCAUGCAGAAGUAUGAUAAGAACUCAGAUGGGAAAAUUGAGAUGGCAGAGCUGGCGCAGAUCCUGCCGACCGAAGAGAAUUUCCUUUUGUGCUUCAGGCAGCACGUGGGCUCCAGCGCUGAGUUUAUGGAGGCUUGGCGGAAGUAUGACACAGACAGAAGUGGCUACAUCGAAGCCAAUGAGCUCAAGGGAUUCCUGUCCGACCUCCUGAAGAAGGCCAACCGGCCCUAUGAUGAACCUAAACUCCAGGAGUACACCCAGACCAUACUACGGAUGUUUGACUUAAAUGGAGACGGCAAAUUGGGCCUCUCAGAGAUGUCUAGACUCUUGCCUGUACAAGAGAACUUCCUGCUGAAAUUUCAGGGUAUGAAGCUGACCUCAGAAGAGUUCAAUGCCAUCUUCACAUUUUAUGACAAGGAUGGAAGCGGCUACAUUGAUGAGAAUGAGCUGGACGCCCUCCUGAAGGAUCUGUAUGAGAAGAACAAGAAGGAGAUGAACAUCCAACAGCUCACCACCUACAGGAAGAGUGUCAUGUCCUUGGCUGAGGCGGGGAAGCUCUACAGAAAGGACCUGGAGAUUGUGCUUUGCAGUGAGCCCCCUGUGUAAAGGGGUGAAGGGACAGGGGCUGCUGCAGCUGCGCCUCCCUUAAGCCCCGCCCCCACCGUCCUGACUCUCUUGACACUCCUUCCCAGACGUCCCCACCCCCUGCCACCUGCACACACCAGCCUGUGGAGCUGGAAAGGAGAGAUGGAGAGAGGGCGGCCGGUAGUGUUCAGUCCUUCGGCCUGAUGGACAGUUGUGCCUGAGGUGGGUCACCAGCCACACGGUUGGUGGGCGGGGCCGCAGGGGAAGCUUCCGUGUCUCUGAUGCAUGAGUUCCUCCGCUGUAUGAUUUAGGCUUCUGAGUCCCACAGAGUGGAUUCCCUCUUGCUGCGCCAUCCCUCCCCCUUUCUCCCAGGGCCACCGCUGACCCCAGAUUUCCAGGUUCUGCCCGCCAGCUUGCUAAUGAUCUGUCUUCUCAGAGCUACUGUGGAGGGUGACUGCCCUCUCCUUGUGUUCUUGACGUGUGUUCCUUUUCUCUUUGGGUUCCCCUGUCUUCUUGUUUACCAAAGAAGAGUUUACAGAGAAUAAAGUGGAAAUGUUCUGCCGUGGA